AUGGCGAGACCACGCUCAUUCUUCAUCGUGCCCGUCGUCUGCGCACUGCUCCUCCUCCUCACCAGUCUCUGGUACCACAACCGCAACAGCGACUCCCCCACCAACUUCUUGGGCGUGCUGCGACCCGCCAUCCUCGCACCUCCCUUCAUCAGCACCAAAGAAGGCUUUCCCAUCCGCGACAAAGUAGCUGUCAUCGUCGAGACUCGUCCGACCAGAAACCUUCUCCCGAUCAUUCUGCAUUUCGCGAGCGUCUUGGGUCCCGAAUGGCCCAUCAUAUUCCUCACGCGCGAGUCGGUCAUCAAUACCCUUCAAGCCCACGCACAAGGCUCCCAUCCUUUCAAGCGCAUAGUUAAGAGCGGUCAGGUCAAGAUUAUCGAGUUACCCAGCGACCCUCCGUUGUUGGAAUACGAAGGGGUGAGCCAUUUCCUCGCGUCGGAAUGGUUUUGGAACCUGAUGAACCCGGCGAAACACAUGUUAUUAUUCCAAGUCGACAGUAUGAUAUGCGCCAACAGCGGGCGAAAGGUCGAAGACUUCUUUGAAUGGGAUUUCGUUGGUGCGGCGCAUCCGUUCUGGAAGGGUGCAUUCAACGGCGGUUUGGCGCUGCGAAAUGUGUCGCUUUCGCAAGAGGUGGUUAGGAGAUACAAUAUUUCUGAUGACGUUAAUGAGAAGGGGAAUGGACUUGGAAUGUUUGAGGACGCGUGGUUCUGGGAUAAAAUGAAGGACAUGGGUGGACAUUUCCCAAGUCCCGAGAAGGCGGGGGAGUUUGCGGUUGAUUAUAUUUGGUCUGAGCGUCCCUUGGGAUUUCACGGCAUCAACAAGAACGAACAGGUUGCGCGCGCGGAGCAGAUUUACGAAUACUGUCCUGAAGCGAUGUUGGCUGCUUCCGGGGCGGAAGUCAAGUUGAAUGACGAGGAAUUGAAGAUUUAUACGCCGGUCCCGGAUGGACCUACGGAGGGUGGGAGAAGGUUGGAUUUUGUUUGA